GUAUGUCAUUUCCAUGUACUGAACUCUUAUUUAACUAUGCCAAGAUAAAUUCAAUUUUUGAAUCUAGGGCACCUUUAAUCAUCAUUCUUAUGUAAUGAUAACUUUGUACCUCCAAUAAGGAAGAAUUCAGUCUUUGUGAUUCAAGGCACGUUUCUCUAAAUAUCUCAGGAGUCAUCAAACAUGUUGCCCAGCAACACUGUUUUAGGUGUAGCCUAUAGGAAGCAUCACUGAUUAAGAAAGAACACAGAUCUGUUAAAACUGACAUAUAAUAUCUCAGUCCAGGCUUUUUACAAAUUUCAGAAGGCUUGUGGGUAUAAAGUAGGGAUUAUGCAAACAGGCUUUACAUGUAAUAGAUGGGUGUGGCUUAUAUGCCUCCUCAAAUCACCUGUGGCAUGCAAAUGUUCUCAUUUAGUAUCUGCACCUGUGAAGACGUUGAGAGGCAAUCCUACUCUAUGGUUUAAUUUCAACACUCCAACAACAGAACCAGGACAUAAUGUUUGCACAAGACAAGGACAAUUUAAUAUUUACUCAUUCCUGGAAAACACCAUAACCAGCAUGGAAAGAUACCGGAGACCUCUGAGGACUUGUCAAGAAAGGAUGGGAACUGCAUGGGGAGAAAAUUCCAGAUAAGUUACAGGCAUUUGCUGAAACCAUCAGAGCAACAAAACCUCUAAUCUGACGUCCAUGGCACGCUCCAGGUGUAAUGGAAAGAUCCUAUGUCUGUGUCUCUUGCCUUGUGUGAUGGUAAGUCACCUGUUGGUCUACAUCAUGGUGUCCAUAUUUGUAGCCGUCUCCUACUCCCCUCCUCUACCGCAGCUGCCCCUCCAUUUCAUUGCCACCGGAGCCUCUGCAAACUCGGAAGCCUCUGCAUCCCAUCCACUUCGGCCCUUCUGGAAUCUCAAACUAGAGGACGGGGCACUCUGGAACCGCCUCCAGCACAUUUGGGACAGAGAGCACAACCCCAUAUUGAAAGGUAACGAUACAAGGUACAAAGAUCCAAGCCUUGAAAUACAACCCCAAGAGACAGGAGAAACUGGUGCCUGUGAACAAGAUGAGGCUUGGGCGUCUCACCUGCCUGAUUUUAACACCCUUCCUGAACAAAUGAAGGAUUUUGUCCUGUCCAUGCACUGCAGGCGAUAUGCUGUCCUCAUGGAUCAACCCAACCUGUGUUUCGGACAGGACUCUGAAACGCCGUUCCUUUUAAUCGCGGUUAAGUCACAAGUCGGAAACUUUGAGAACAGACAGGCCAUCCGAGAGACGUGGGGAAGGAGCGGACAAAUUCAAGGGCACGGCGAAGGAAGAGGCUGGUUCGUACGCACUGUCUUCUUGCUCGCAAGGCAGGACACAGAGACAGGGCCUCAUCCCGACCUGAGUGCCCUAUUGAAGUUGGAAAGCAGCACCCAUAAAGACAUCCUGCAGUGGGAUUUUAAAGACACUUUCUUCAACCUCACCCUGAAGGAUGUCCUCUUCUGGGACUGGCUUUCAAAACACUGUCCUCAUGUCCACUUCAUUUUCAAGGGAGAUGAUGACGUGUUCGUUAGGACUAAGGCUCUGCUGGACUACUUAGACCAUGUCGGAGUUCAAAAAAUACAUAAAAAUAAAACAAAAGGAUGGGACGAUUUCAUUGUAGGGGACGUUAUUGCCAAUGCCUGGCCCAAUCGGCAGCCUGAUACGAAAUAUUACAUACCUGAAAGCUUCUAUAAGGGAGCGUAUCCGGCAUACGCAGGCGGCGGUGGGGUGGUUUACACUGGUGCUUUGGCCAUGCGUCUGCAGGAGGUCUCUCAUUGGGUCAGCUUGUUUCCCAUUGACGAUGUUUACUUAGGAAUGUGCCUUCACAGGCUCGGGGUGUCCCCCACUCAUCAUUCAGGUUUCCUUACCUUCGACCUUCCAGAGGAUCUGCGGGAGAAGCCGUGUGCAUAUCAUAAUGUUCUCCUAGUGCAUAAACGUACCCCGAAAGAAAUGUUAACUCUGUGGAAGGAGCUACAGGUUCCUCCUCAGCAGUGCUAGAGUAAGGCAGGGCAGCUUGUUCAUGAAUUCAAAUGAAGGUAAAUGAUGCAGCGGGGAUCCUGACAUCAAAGUUAUUUUAGUUUUUACCACAAGGUAUUGUCAUGCCAACUGGGCGUGUUAAUUUGUAUAAAAGGCCCUCAUUUUUCUGUGAUGUCAGGGCUGUGUGUGCAGUGGUCAUUAUGAGAAGAUCAAAUUAGGAUGGCAAGACAGUAGACAAGCUAAAAAUGGCAUAAGAAGUCACAAUGUAUACAACACGGUUGAUUUCACAAGAGAGUUGUUGUGAAAUGGCUCUUGUUUUAUGGAAUAAGAAUGAAUAAGCUAUCUAGUGGACAAUUGAGGCAUCUCAUGUGAUUUUUUAUUUUUACGAUUUCAAGGUUUGUGGCCCAAACACAAUUAGGAGUUAUCUCAUAAUGGAACAAAUCAAAAAAUGUCAUCAACAUAAUUCAGCUUUGUAUUUAAAAAGAUAUGCUACUGCUUUAUGUUAAAAACAAAAACGUAUCUGAAAUGUUUCAGAGGUUGUAGAACAUUUUUAGACAAUAUUUUUACACUUGGAAUCUAUAUUAAUUUUAUGCUUUGUUUGAGUUUCACAUAUUUUCCUUUGUUUUGCAAGAAUUGCCAAUGUGGAAAUGGCUGGAAAAAUAAUUCAAGAGGAUCUGGACUCUAGUACUAUAUUGAUAUUGGAGUACAGGUGCUCCUCUGCAAAAUGAUCAGGAUGCCUGAACACCCCACAGACAUUGUCAUCUGGUUUAGGCCUUGUGGGCUUAAUUAUAGCCUGGUGUUGUUGGAGGCAUACUGAAUUACAACAACAAAACAUAAUAAGGGGAAAUAAUGAAUGACAAUAAUGAAAAAUGUAUGAUUUGCUGAUUGGUCAUAGAAUUUACUUUGAUGAUUUGUACUUUAAAUGUUUGUGCAUUGAUCAGAUUCAUGUAAACGUGAAUGUUUAAAAGCAGUUUUAUGACUAAGAAUUUCUUUAUGUUUGUGUCACUUAUUAUUAUAAUCUCUGUGUUUUCAUUUGCUUUGAAAUGCUUUCUGUCAAUGCAUGUUUAUUAUUAUUAGUGGAAAUGACCCUCUUCAUUUUUGUUUGAUCAGAAAGACAACUUCAUCCUCCAAAUGUUUGUUAGUAAUCAUGCCAAAAGAAGCUUGUAUAUUCCUACUUAAGUUAUGUACAGACAGAUAUUGAAAUAAAAGCUGUUAAGCUGUUAAC